AUGCAAAUAACAGAGUAUGGUUUUCAAACCCACCACAGGGUACCCCCAGUUACCUUGAGACAGUUGGCUAUUUUGCCCCACAAGUUUCGGGGACGCCUGAACCGUGUGGUGCCAGUUUCCAGUUGUUAUGAUAUUGCCCCACGAGUUUCGGGGACGCUCGAACCGUGUGGUGCUAGGAUAGCGGCUCAGGCUGACUAA